UCCAAUUUGAAUAGCACAUGUGAUGUCUACAUCAAGUUCAGGUCAUCAGAGACUUUUUAAACAAAAACGUAAUUCAAAUUUACAGAAAAAUAUAUCGCAAUAUAAUGGAAAGAGUAAGAACGAAUCAACACCUAAUAGUGCAAACUUUCCUGAUCAGAUGUUGGUUAAUAGUCAGAAUUUAGAAGUUGAACAAUUGAAAAACAAUGGAUUAAUAAAACAAGGAAAUAUAGUACAACAAAAACGUAUUAACACAGAAAAAACAAGUGAUUUAAAUGAGGAAGCAUGUGAUAAGCAGCCAGCUGAAAUAAAAAUGAAAAAAUCUUUUGAACCUGAGAGAAAUAAAGAAAAGGAACAUGGUCGUUGGUCGGAUAAGCAUACAGGAUUGGGUCCAGGAAUAAAGAGUGGGAAGAUGGAAGGAAGGAAUGGGAGGCAUUACGUUUUUACAUCCUGCAAUCGUGAAACCUGCAGGAAGAACGUUGGUGAACAUAAUUUGAAUACAGAGAAAUUAACGGAAAUAAUAAAUAACUCAAUAAAGGAAGCUAUUCAAAGUAUAGUGAAGGAGACGCCGAAUAUUUUGAGGAUGAAGCAAGAUUCACUAUUGUCAAACGAGCAGCCAUUGUUGUCAAGCAAUAGUAGCAAAAAACCUGAGAAGAUAGGGGAAAAACCAGGAGGCCAAAUAAAAAAUCUUGUCGCGGAAGAUAGAUCUACGAAUAUUUUUAAUGGUUUUCAUAAAAAAACUGAUCCGUUGUCAGUUAAUACAAAUAACGUAUACGAAAAUCAAAGGAUUUCAAGUGACGUGAAUUUUAUUAAGAAUAAUGAAAUCAUUCGAAAUUAUACUGUCAAUAAAUGUAACAAAAUCACUUGUCCAUACUUGGCUGAGAAAUUGGAGUCCAAGUCAAAUAAGAUUAUAAAAUCUAUGAAAUCGUUAAAAAAGCCUUUGAAGCAUUCUGCUACUACCGAUAAUCGUAAAAUGACAGGAAAUGUUAAUAUUUACAUAUGCUCGGAAGCCGGUAAUGAGAAAGAAAACCGAGAAUCCCGUGAAUCAGGUUCCGUUACGAACACAGAAACAGAUAUAAAAGCUAGUGUUUCAACAAUUUCAUCAAAUAAAUUGAUCGCCAAUUUAUUAGAACGUCGAAGACGAUUACAAAAAUCGUCACUGCAAUGCUUAUGUCCUAAAUCUGAAACCGAUUUAGAAUCUCGUAUCGAAGAAGUUCCUCAGGAGGAAAAUCAUCUAAAUGACGUAGUAACUGGUUCGUACGUACCACCACCCUUAGAUCCGGUAUUGAAUUAUGAGACAGCGAUUACUAAUACAGAUCAUGAGAAUGAUAUAAAAGAGUUUGAAAAAAGUAAUAAAAAUUUCGAUCGCCUUAACAAUAAUGGCGGAGAUCAUUCUUGCACUGCACUGAAUUGUCCUUACAUAAAGGGAAGAUCAAUGAAACAAAGAAAUUAUAUUAAAAAUAAUUAUCCAAUGAAUGUUAAGUGGUGUACAAAAAAUAAUUCAAUAAUAGCGAAUGGUACUGUUGAUGAUAAUUAUUCGUGUACAAAAACGGUUAGUCCUUAUACGGUCCUUAACGGUAGAUCCUUAAAAGGAUCUGUAACAUCCGUUAAACAGUCUGAUGUGUAUAACGCAAAUAAUAAUAAACGAAAAGACCGAUUUGGCAGAAAAUGGCAGGAAUCAGAAAUAGAAGAAGUUUGCAUAUAUUGUACGCCAAGAAGAAAUAAAAAAUUAGAACAGUGUCCUAGAACGAAACUAAAUAAUAUGUUAAAAAAAUGUAUAAAAGGUACAAAACAAAGGGAUCAGCUUUUUAAGAAUAUUGGUACUUCUCAAAGACGAAAUUGUGCUGAACAAUGUUUUAUUUCGAAUAGUACCUUAAAAGAGGAAAUAGAAGUAAAUAAUACCAAUUUGAAUGAAGAAGAUUUACCUGAAAAAAUUAACUCUCAAAGAAAAGAAGUUUAUGUGGCGUCUUCUUAUGGCAACAAUGGGAAAGCAAGUGUUGACAAAUCAAAUGUGAAAGAUGAUGUAACUAUAGUAUCUGCAAAGUCUGAACACGAGAAGUCUUCGUUGCUGUUAUCGUCUAUAAAUUAUGAGAAAAAAUAUCAGGAUAAACCUCCUGAGAAAAUUGGAUCAGAAGCACAUUUAUCUAAAGAUAAAGAUCAAUCGCAUCAAAAAUAUAUUUCUAAUGCCAAAAUUGCAUCACCUGUUAUGACUUCAUCUAUUAUAACUUCACCUUUUAUAUCAGAUAAAAGGUUAGAUACUGUAACAACACAGAAAGUAAAAUCAGCGUCAAGAAGCGUUGAACAGACAGUAAUUAUGGAAGAAGAUAAAUUAACAUCAUCAGUCGCUUCAGCGCCAUUUUCGAAAAUUGAGAUGACAAUCGAGACUGAAAAGGAAGAAAAAGAAGAAUUAGAUGGUAAAACCGGGGAAAAUUCGGAAUCAAAGGAAAAUCGAAAAGAGUCCUUUUUUCAACGGGUCGUGAAACGAGUCAAGCAAUUUAUUGGAAUUUCGAAUGUCGCUGAUAGUAUGAAUGAUAAGAAAAGAAGAGGUUGUGGUUCAUCUUGUCGAGCACAUCCUAGAAAUUUUGUGAACGAUGAAGAUGUUGAAGAAAUGAAAACAGCACGGGAAACAAUUCUGAUAAGGCAAUCAUCUAAGGAUGUUAUUAUUGGCCAAGAUAAGAUGAAAGAUGAUGGGUAUAAGGUAGAAAGUCCUAAAGACGUUUUUCAGAUAAAUAAGGAGAAUGCUUCCAAGGCAAAGUUAAUAGUUUUAAUAGCUAAAAAGAAAAUGUUACAGCAAUCUAAUAGAAAUAAAGAAACUACAGAAAGUAACAAAAUAAAAAUAAGUAAAGAUACCCUUGAGACUCAAGAAGAUGCGCAGGUGACAAGUGCAGAUGUGACAAGUGUCACAAAAGCAAAUGAGUCAAAAAGUUCUAAAGAUACAGUAAAAUCAAUUACCGAUCAUAUUGAGGGAUCAAGAAGAAUAAAAAAAUAUAAUUCAGGAGAAUCAAAAAAUCUUGAAAGUUUCAGGAAUCUACAAUCAUCCAAUAAAAUAAGUGCAAAAAAUUCUCAGAUUAUCAAAGACACAAAAAGUUCUGAAGAUACAAUACAGUCAAUUACCGAUCGUAUUGAGGAAUCAAGAAGAAUACAAAAAUAUAAUUCAGGAGAAUCAAAAAAUCUUGAAAGUUUCAGGAAUCUACAAUCAUCCAAUAAAAUAAGUGCAAAAAAUUCUCAGAUUAUCAAAGACACAAAAAGUUCUGAAGAUACAAUACAGUCAAUUACCGAUCGUAUUGAGGAAUCAAGAAGAAUACAAAAAUAUAAUUCAGGAGAAUCAAAAAAUCUUGAAAGUUUCAGGAAUCUACAAUCAUCCAAUAAAAUAAGUGCAAAAAAUUCUCAGAUUAUCAAAGACACAAAAAGUUCUAAAGAUACAGUGCAGUCAAUUACCGAUCGUAUUGAGGGAUCAAGAAGAAUACAAAAAUAUAAUUCAGGAGAAUCAAAAAAUCUUGAAAGUUUCAGGAAUCUACAAUCAUCCAAUAAAAUAAGUGCAAAAAAUUCUCAGAUUAUCAAAGACACAAAAAGUUCUAAAGAUACAGUGCAGUCAAUUACCGAUCGUAUUGAGGGAUCAAGAAGAAUACAAAAAUAUAAUUCAGGAGAAUCAAAAAAUCUUGAAAGUUUCAGGAAUCUACAAUCAUCCAAUAAAAUAAGUGCAAAAAAUUCUCAGAUUAUCAAAGACACAAAAAGUUCUAAAGAUACAGUGCAGUCAAUUACCGAUCGUAUUGAGGGAUCAAGAAGAAUACAAAAAUAUAAUUCAGGAGAAUCAAAAAAUCUUGAAAGUUUCAGGAAUCUACAAUCAUCCAAUAAAAUAAGUGCAAAAAAUUCUCAGAUUAUCAAAGACACAAAAAGUUCUAAAGAUACAGUGCAGUCAAUUACCGAUCGUAUUGAGGGAUCAAGAAGAAUACAAAAAUAUAAUUCAGGAGAAUCAAAAAAUCUUGAAAGUUUCAGGAAUCUACAAUCAUCCAAUAAAAUAAGUGCAAAAAAUUCUCAGAUUAUCAAAGACACAAAAAGUUCUAAAGAUACAGUGCAGUCAAUUACCGAUCGUAUUAAGGGAUCAAGAAGAAUACAAAAAUACAAUUCAGGAGAAUCAAAAAAUUUUGAAAGUUUCAGGAGUCUACAAUCAUCCAAUAACAUAAGUGCGAAAGAUUCUCAUAUUAUCAAAGACACAAAAAGUUUUAAAGAUACAGUAAAAUCAAUUACCAAUCAUACGCAGGGAUCAAGAAGAAUAAAAAAAUGUAAUUCAGGAGAAUCAAAAAAUCUUGAAAGUUUCAGGAGUCUACAAUCAUCCAAUAAAAUAAGUGCGACAGAUUCUCAGAUUACGAAAGACACAAAAAACUCUGUAACUAAUAGCAAAGAAAUAGAAACUCAAACAAGUUUUACGAAUUCGCUAAAAAUAAUAAUUCCGAAAGAUUCUAAAAAUGUGGACAGUCCCAAGGUAUCGCCUGAUUUAAAUACUACCAAAGAAUCAGUUAAUUUGCAGGUAUCAGAGGAUCCUGAAGAAUCCUCUGUUUCAACUAACGAAGAUAACAACGUUAACCGUAUCGAGAUUACCGAAAACAGCGAGUCUCUUAGCAUAGAAGAUGAUGACAUAUAUCAUUCUUAUACAGAAUUUAUACAAUCUAAAAAUGCCAAACAAAUUGAUCGUGUUUGUAAUUGCAAAGAACCAGAAAAAGAUUUUCAAGUUUGUAUAAUAUGUUGUUGCCCCGAAGAUAACUGCAGCUGCAACAAUCGCAACAACAUCAAAACAAUGAUAUGUGUGAACCCAAGCAACAGUACCCACUGCGACAAUCCCCAUGAAAGAUGCACCUGCCAAAAUCCCGUUUGUAAUUGUUUCCACCAUAACCUAACAAAAAACAACUACAACUGCAAUUGUGACAAGAUCACUGACGUUGCAACUUGCAAUUGCAAUAUGAACAAUAAUGUAUCUGUCCAAGAUGAUGACAAUAUGAUAUACGUAACUGCUUGGAAACCUACAAAAGAUAUCGAAAAAUAUUUCUCCAGAACUUUAGAAGACUUCAAGAAUCUUCCUAAGGAGUGUUGUUGUUUUGACAACAAGAAACCAUACGGAUCCGAGGAAUUACCGUAUCAAAGACUUGGAGUAUUUUCAAAAGUGAUGACAGAACUGCAAGAAAAGAUAAAUCAAUCUGUUACCUGCAAGGAAUGUAAAAAUGCACCAUGCCGUUGUGUCUUUAACAACGAAUUCCAACCGAUCACCAGGGAAGUGGCAGAGGACAAAACUAAAAGUUUUGAUCAACCCAGAUCACAAAGUCAAUCACCUAGCAGCUGCAAGUGCACCUUAAAUACUUGCAAUUCGUUAUCGUGGAACCCAUCGUCAUCGAAAGUUAAGGACAGAUAUAAACCAACAUCCUGUUAUUGUCGACAAAGUAGAUCAGCAAAAUGUCGGUCACAUACUAAGUGCUUCUAUUGCAAAUGCUCACCCUGCAGACCUUUUUGUAGAUGCACAAUAUCAAGAGAAACAAGUAGAUCAAGAUCAUGUAAAUGCGACAAUUCUGUAUGUCACCACAGAGACAUUCCAUUACCCAAAAUGACAGACACCAAUUUACAAAUUUCAAAGAACUUCCAAUGUCUCUGCACAACUUCAAGGGAUCCUUGUUCUUUCUAAAACAAAAAACCAACAUUAGUGCAAUCAAGAAAAAAGUUGAUAACUACUACAACUACAAUUACACAACAACAAUUCCGGUCACACUUGAAAUUGUGGUUGUCACUAGAGCAGUGAUCUUUGGCAGAAUCGAAACAGCCAUAAUCUGGUAAUAAGUCAACUACAGCCCUGGA